AUAGAAAAAUUAAUAAAUAGAUAUCUAAUUUAUACCUAUAAAUCAUCAUAUAUAAGACUAAUUAAAUCAUAAUUAAUAAUUCUGCUGUAGAUUGGAAUUCGAUAAUAUAGAAAUAAAAACUAGGCUUGUGACAGUUGUUGUCAAUUCGAAAAGGAAAACCGAUCGUGUUUCCUGUCCUAUAGCAAUAAUAAUUAUAUACAACAACGAAAAUCAAAACUAUGUUGAAUUUUUAGCUAAAAAACUGUUGCUGCUGCUGUUCUCUGCUAGAAUGACUGCUAAACAUUAGGCAGCUUACUUUGUAAUUAAUACAGCAGUAAAUCCUGUCAAAUAAUUACAACGAGUAAUCUCUUCCAUUUUCUCCUGUAUACACCCCCAAAUCCAAAUCUAAACCCACAAAACACAACUAUAAUAACUCCAACACAAUGGCAUUCAGUUACGCCUGCCUUACACUACAACGUGUAGUACUACCAAUUAUUUUGGUAUUGGAUCGUGUUUCCUGUCCUAUAGCAAUAAUAAUUAUAUACAACAACGAAAAUCAAAACUAUGUUGAAUUUUUAGCUAAAAAACUGUUGCUGCUGCUGUUCUCUGCUAGAAUGACUUUACGCCUGCCUUACACUACAACGUGUAGUACUACCAAUUAUUUUGGUAUUGGAUUCUUAAUUACAUUGGCCCUCGACAUAGGCGACAGUUUUGGCACAUGUACUGUGAUUGAACGUUUGCUGAGACAUGUCGGCUUUAUUGGGUUCAAAAACUUAAAAGUUCUUGCCAUUAUUGAAUGGCUAGUACCAGAAGUUGUUGUUUUCAUAACUGCUUUAGUUGUCUAUUUGGUGACGAAAAAAAUCACCCAAAAAGUCGAACAGCUAGUCGAGAAUGGCAAUGUUGAUGCUGCCGACAUCGAGGAAUCGCUGGAAGCUAGUGGCACUGGCGAGUUAACAGCGGUUAAGGUUAAUAAUGAUGUCGGGCGAAAACAACAACUAGAAGACAGUGAUAAGCCAAAUUUCGAUGGCCUAAUUAAAAUAUCACCACUAUUUUGUUUGGCCACAUUAUUCUUUUCGGCUGUCUUAAGACCAAGUGUACCAGGUGGUUUUUAUUUUUUAAUAUUUCUACUAUCAGGAUCAUAUUGGGCAAGUUUCCAAACAUUGCAAAGGAAAUUUGCCAUUUUGUUACGUUUGGUGAUGGUGGUGAUUGUGGCCCAUACCAUUUGUAUAGUGGCAUAUCAAACUCCUUGGAUGCAAGACCAUUUAGACAAAACAAGUUUAACCGCCAGAUUAAUUGGUUUAGAGCCUCUUAUAACAUCAACGUGUGCCAACGAUAUUAGAAUUAUUGUUUACGAUACACAAUUCAAAGCUGACUCAUUCCUUAAUCCAAUCGUUCUGUUCUUUACCUAUUAUGCAUUAGCAUUGACCACUAAGAAUCUCAUCAAGGCUAGGCUUAUGCGUUCAGCUACACGUAAAUCUGCAACUACAACAACUGACAAUAAUAGUGGUAUAACACCACAACAACAACAGCAACCAAAUAAUGAUAUACCUUUAAGUUCCAUGGAUGCUAAUCAAUCUGCCGAUGUUGAAUAUAAAUCCGGGAUAUGCGAUCAAAUAUGGUAUGGCAUAACGGGCAUUGGAGGAUUUAUCUAUCAAAAUAGUUAUAUAUUUACAAAUGUUUUAAUGAUGGCCUGGUCCAUCGUCUAUCACAGUUGGCUAACAUUUGUUUUACUGUUAUGGGCCAACGUUUUAUGGAUGAUACCGAAUCAACGCAAAGCCAUGAUGCGUUCAAGUCCCUUUAUAGUCAUCUAUGCUGAAUUGCUAUUAAUAGCUCAAUACAUCUAUGGCAUGGACCUAACUAAUGAUGAAUUACCUUCCAAAGUAGAUAUCUCGGGCAUUAAUUUGAAACAAAUUGGUUUUGAACGACCUCAGGAGAAUGGUAUGCAGCCCUGCAUACCGCUGAUAGUGAAAGCAUCAUUCCUGCUCAUGUUUUGGGUCACGUUGAGACAGUUUUUCAAAGAAAAAACUGACAAGAGACGUGACAGCACACUGGCCGAUAUCUUUGCACCACUACAACUGAGUGUUGGUCACUCUAUUGGUGAUCAGGGUCAAGUUGGUGGUAAAAAAACAUCCAAGUUCCUGAAAAAGAUGGGCAUCGUUAUAAAAAACCUCCUGGUCAGAUUAUGGAUUUGGCUGUUGGUUUUGGUUAUAUUCUUGUGCGCCAUGACUGGUGAAAAAAUGACUGGUUUUCGUAUCUGCUAUAUGGCGUUGUUCCUAUUUUUCCUGCUGGUAUUUCAGUCGUCAUCGAAAGCCUGGGUUAAGCUUAUGUAUGGAUUUUGGCUAUUCCUAAUCUUUUAUGCCAUGUCCAUAUUGAUAUUGAUUUAUACCUAUCAGUUUGAUAAAUUCGAUAAGUAUUGGGAACAAUAUCUAAAUAUCUCCACCACUUUGCAAACCGAUAUCGGUUUGGAACGUUAUAAGACCAAAGAUUUAUUUUUGCACUUAGUCUCACCCACCAUCAUUGUCAUCUUAACCGUAAUACAAGUUCAUUAUUUCCAUAAACGUUUUAUUGCGUCCAUGAAUCAACCUACUGAAGCUGUUGAACGUGACUCGGAGGAGGAGCCUGUUAGACAUAAAUCACGUACUACUUCCCGUGUUGCUGAAUCGGAAGGCUUAGAAUUCGUUGAAUCUGCUGGCAAUUUGAUACGUCUCUUUUUGAAUCGUUGCCGCCAUAAGACUGAAGUUUUCUUCAAACAUUUUAAGGGUGUGAUUUGGAGAUUAUUAGAAUUGCAUUGGAUCAAAGUAGUGUAUAUAACGGCAUUUGUAUGCGCUGUUAGUGAGGUAUCCCUUCUUCAUGUACCUUUUGUAGCGUUGUGUGUGGUGGGAGUUGUUUCAAAUGUACGCAUGAAUUUCUUCUUCAGCCGCCUCAUCUCUCUAGUUGUCACGAUUAUUGUUUUGUCCAAAAUGAUAUAUCAAAUCGCCUACUUAAAUCAUGCCAAAUAUGACUACAACUGUCCCAAUGAAAAUGGCCAGUACAAAGGCAAUAAUGCCGAAUGGUUUGGCCUCUACAAAGCCAGUCCUGAGUUCGGUCUAAUGGGCCUACUCAAGAGAUAUAUUAUUUAUAUGGUCAUUGCCACUUUACAUGCUGUUAUAGCUCUAAGACAAUAUCAAAUGCGCCGCUUAAAGGGCAUUCAAAAUGAUCCUCUGCCAAAGGUUGCUUUUCCAGGUGUGGGAAGAGAAGAUGCUGAAAAGAAAUUGGAGGGAAUGAUUAAAUAUCUAUUAAAUUUUGGCUUUUAUAAAUUUGGCUAUGAAAUCUGCUUGGUCGCAUUGGUAUCCACCAUAACCUACAGACAGGAUAUUGUUGCGGUGGCCUAUUCGGUGUGGUUGAUUCUGUUGUUGCUGUUUAAGAGGAAAAAGAAUGCUCAUAUAUGGGGCGUUUUGCAAGUGUUCAUUUUAACAUCAAUUUUGGUGCAAUAUGUAUUGCUGGUGGAAUUACCGCCUUCAAUGUGUAUAGAAUAUGUAUGGGUUAAUACAAAAUAUUCCGAAGCUCUACAACGUUGGGCUAUGCUACCCGGUGACCUUCACUAUGAUCAUACCAAGAAAUUAAUAUUUGAUUUUGUACUCCUACUGUUGGUGAAUCGCCAGAAACGUGUAUUUACCUUGGAAAAUGUUCCUAAUUAUCCGGGUGGCAGCAACAAAUCUGUGAUAAAAGAUAUUGCCAAUUUGGACAAAGUUGAUUUUGAAAAUCCCACACAUGAUUUCCUUUCACACAUACGCAACUAUUUGGAUAUCUUUAAGCACGCCGUGCUCUGUGGCUUCUAUUGGGUCACUUUGGCUGUAGUAUUUUUGGCCGGUACAAAUAUUUCCGACUUUUUGGCCAUUGGCUAUUUAAUUGGCGCAUUUAUGUUCCUAUGGGAGGGUUCAGAUUUCUAUCUGCGACCUAUACGUUCCAUAACAACACGCUGGAAAUGGUUGUUGGCCUAUAAUGUGACCAAUAUUGUUAUAAAAACCAGUUUACAAAUGGUUGGUUGUUUGUUUAUGGACACUUUACAAAUGAAAUGUUGUUGGGCCGUCCAUUUAUUGGGUAUUAGUUGUAGCAGCAAAGAUAUUAUGUCGGAAAUAACCUCAGAUACAGCUAAUGGGUGUCCCUCCAUUACAGUGCAGUCGGUGUUAUUGUGGGAUGCAAUUUGUUUUGCAUUCUUGAUAUUCCAAUUGAGAAUAUUUAAGUCACAUUACUUCUGUCAUAUUAUAUCAGACACUAGAGCUAAUAACAUAUUGGCCUCCAGAGGUGCGGAAAUUAUCGAACGUUUGAGGCAAAAGCAAAUUGAAAAACGUCAAGAUUAUGAAGAAGAAGUUUUAUAUAAAAUCAAACGUAAAAUGGAAAAGAUUAGAGCAACCCAACAAAAGAUGUUAAGGCCUCAAGAAAAACCUACUCAUUUCGAUGUCAACAAAGAAACAGCCUUGAAAUUAGCCCCACUGGCCCACUGCAAUAGUUUUCUUUCCUGCCAAGGUUCUGGCUAUCAUACGCCAGACGAGGAAGAUAUUCAUAUGAACACGGCCAGUACAGCAAGUAUAACGAGUUGUAGUAGCAAUAAUGGCUCCGAAGAGGAUUUAAGUAAGAUCUAUAUUAACACGGAAUAUGCAGAUAUUAAAUCAAUAAGUGAUUAUGGAGACAAUCUCAAUAAGAAUACAAAACAAUUUAUAAAUUUACCAGAAAUUGAAAUCGAGCCACAUACACAGCCAUUAACACCUACAUCGGAUGUACUGACUAUACCCCUAGAGGGAUUCUUAGAGGCUCCGAGAUUAUCCAUGUACUCUCAUCGCACGCCCUCUGAUUUAUCACACCCGAAAUAUGAUAUUUCAGAAGGAUCAAAUGAAGUAUUUUAUGCGAAUACCAAUAUACACAGACCCUCGCCUGUGUUGUUGUCAGCACGCACUCUACAAGCAGAUGUUUCGAAGAGUAACAAUGGCUCUAUUAUAUCUUCCAAUGUAACAAAUGAACGUAGAUCAUCAUUUACCACCCGUCACCGUAGACAAUCCUCGGUAAAUGCUGUUUCUUGGAAUGAUACUGUUUCCAUUAAAUGCGCCACUCCUAGUAAACCUCUGCAGAAACAGGAAGAAUUGCAUGUUACCAUGCGCAAGAGGUUGUUGCAUCGGCGUCAUCAAAGUGUAGGAAAUGCCAAAUAUCCUAUUGAGGAUAAUAGCCACAAACAUCAAGAUUCCAAUAGACGUUUAAGUAAUUUGUCGUGGGCUCAGGAAGAGGCUUUAAUGCGUUACUCGAAAAGGCCUAAUAGCUGGGGUCCUGUUGGUACGGAUUUAUAUGCUACGGAUACUUCAAUGCUAUACGCGAAUGCCUGCUGUGAUCUACGUUUGCAUGGACAAUGUAUUUUUAUUUUCUACUUCUACUAUUUUUCAAAUACUUACCAAGGAACUCCCAUUUAUGGCUCAAGACCUCAUAAAAGGAAAGAAAUUAAACUGCAUCCACAGGCUGUACGUGCUGGAGAUUACUAUAUGUUUGAAGAUGUCGAUGAUAAAUUCGAAUUGGAAGUUAUAACCGACUCUGAGGGCCUGUUCGAUACUGACAAUGAAAACAUAACCGAUAGUGAAAUUAAAAUGAGUCGCCGUAAAACUUUAUAUGAUGUUUGGAAGGAUAUAAGUAGUGUUCAAUAUCGUCGUCAGGUUUACUUAAGACAACGUUCUUAUGCCUCCGCACCACCAUCUCAUAUUGGUUUAUUGUUUGAUGACCAUCAAACCGGUGUCGAUAUAGAUGCGGGUGUAGGUAAUCGUAAUUCAACUUUAUCCGAACCUUUAUGUUACGCUCAUCGUUCAACAAGUGAAUAUUUUGUGAGUUUUUCUGAGAGUCAAAAGCCUAAAAAUAUUAAAGAUGGUCAAACCGAUAUGGGUCCCUCAACUAGUAAAGUUGGUGAAAUACAUUCAAGGCCACAUACCAGUGAAAUGAAACAGAAAACCGAAGUUGAUAGCGGUGAUACUGGUGAGGAUUCUGAUGCAGACUUCCAGGCAAAUCCAAUUAUACGUUUAAUGGAAGCAUUUUUAGUUUCGUUAACCAUCCGCCUAAAUCGUUUCUCUCGCAAUUAUCGUUAUGUCAAUAAGAUUUUAGCGGAAGAGAAGAAGGCUCUCAAAGAAUCCAAAAUCAUGGGACGUUUUAGUACUAAAAAUGCAUUAUAUUGCAUAAUGAAACAUAAUCUUUCCAGUGAUGAAGGUGAAGAUGCCGCCACCGCUCCUUCAACAUCAUCUAAACGGAAUUCAAAUAAUGCACUAAAUAAUAUUACAAACAUACAAGAACCGCCACAAAACAAUCACAAUACUUAUGAACCUAUGCAAUCACCAAAUCCACAACUACCACCACCACUGCCAACAUCACAACCUCCACUACCUACCACAGCCACCACCUCCACCAUACAAUCAUCUGAUAUACAACAGUAUAACGAUGAAGCCAUAUUUCCAUUAGAUGUCGUUGAUGCUAGAAGCAAAGAAAGUAUUGCGGAUCGAAAUAGUAAAAUUAUGCGUGGACGCAAAUCAGAGCCUCUACCAGAAAUACGUAUAAAGGCUCCUUCGUUUGAUCGUGGCCGCCGAGGCUCAGGUUCUGUUAUAAGUAAACAAUGGUCUCAAGAGAAAGUAACCAGCACGGAAAUUGCCUUCGAUGAUGAAGAUUUUACUGCUCGCGAUCACAAUAUUAUUAUAGAGGUUUUAAUAUCCGCCUGGUAUGCGAUAUUAUCAAAUACGGAUUUGAUCUGUUAUAUAGUGGUGUUUAUAAAUCAAGUGGUAAAUGCAAGUUUAAUUUCAUUACCUCUCCCCUUGAUGGUCUUCCUGUGGGGUACACUGUCAUUGCCUCGUCCUACAAAAACAUUCUGGGUUACUUUGAUUGCUUACACCCAGGCAAUUGUACUUAUAAAAUGUAUCUUCCAAUUUAAAUUAAUCUGGGUCAAUUAUCAUUACAACUUACCCAAUAAUCCAUUGGGUAUUGAGAAAUUGUUUGGCAUUGAAAUGUCAUCUGAUUAUGCCACAUAUGAUCUGUUAUUGCUAUUGGUAUUAUUUUUCCAUCGAUUCAUAUUAAAAUCUCAUGGCUUAUGGAAAAUUGAUAAUAAAUCGAGUGAAAAAGAGUCAUCUUCCAAAUCUACUUUGAAUGACAUGAAUGCGGACGAAGAUGCCGAUUCUGAACGUCGUAAUUCGGCUGGUUCAGAUCGUAAUAGUGAACAACGUUUAACUGUUUCUCCCAAUGAUUUGGUUAAACGUGUGGGAAAUUUACAGCGCAACAAAUAUAUGUCUGGUUUGACGAAAUUUUUCCACAAUCUUGUACAUAAAGCCCGUUUGCCUACAGAUGUUUAUGCUCUCAUGUUCCUGUGUGAUUUUAUCAACUUUUUCGUAUUACUGUUUGGCUUUACUGCCUUUAGUUCGAAACAAGCAGAUGGUGGUGUUAAAACAUAUUUGGCGGAAAAUAAAGUUCCCAUUCCCUUCUUGAUUAUGUUGCUGGUACAAUUCGUUUUAAUUGUAAUAGAUCGUGCUCUGUACCUGCGCAAGGCUCUGGUGUAUAAAAUCAUAUUCCACUUUAUUUCUGUGGUGGGCAUACAUGUCUGGAUGUUCUUUAUAGUACCAGCUGUAACGGAAAGAAGUUUCUACGCUUCCGCCCCUCCUAUAAUAUUCUACAUCAUCAAGUGUUUCUAUUUGCUGCUUUCCAGUUAUCAAAUAAAAUGUGGUUAUCCAAAUCGUAUAUUGGGUAAUUUCUUAACCAAGAGCUUCUCCAUGAUUAAUAUGAUAUCGUUUAAAAUCUACAUGCUCAUUCCCUUCCUGUAUGAGUUGCGUACUAUUUUGGAUUGGUUGUGCACCGAUACCACAAUGACCCUAUUCGAUUGGCUGAAAAUGGAGGAUAUAUUCGCCAAUAUUUAUUCCAUUAAAUGUUUGCGACAAAUGGAAACGGAUUUCCCCGCUGUUAGAGCCCAAAAGAAGGCAACAUUUAUGAAAUUAUUAAUGGGCGGUUCGGCUAUACUACUCAUUGUUUUCGCUUUAUGGGGCCCUCUCACAUUGUUCGCUCUUUCCGGUGCUGUGGGACAAUCAAAUGUACCGACAGAAGUUAAAAUUUCAAUACGCAUUGGCUCAUAUGAUCCCAUUUAUGUGGCUAGCACACGCGAGAGUUCGUUCAGAUUUGAUGAAAGCAUGUUCUCUGCUAUGAAAGACGCUUAUAUUAAGGAUAAGGAUAAGGAAGCCUUAUCAUUUUUAUUGAAUUACGAUGCCACCGAUGUUGCGGCUAUUAAAUUGAAACGAAAUUCACCUUCAAUGUGGAAUAUAGCGCCACCAGAUAAGGCAAGAUUGUUAUCGGAAUUGGAAAGUAAUGUAACAUUGGUGGUGCGUUUGUCCUAUGAAUUAACGCGAACACCUCCGGUUAAAAAUCAAGUGGGAACUGUUGGCUCUGAGAUCACGUGGGAGAUGACUGCUGACUAUGCAGAUAGAAAGAAUUUAGAAAAUAUGAUAAGAACUGGCAAUGAGAAUGACACUGAUGUCACCAUUCCCAACAUAGUGCCGAAAUUUAUUAAAGUAUUAAAUUCCGGUGAUCCUACUUAUAUAUCAGCACUGGUACCUAAAGGAAAUGUUACUAAAAAUUCAGAUUUUACUAAUAUGAGUAUAUCCAUGAAUUCGGCUGGUAAUACUAGCCUGUGGUGGGAAAUAAGUGAUUACUGUGGCGGAGAUGAAACAGUUUCCACAUUACUGAGAAAGUUACCCCUAUAUGACUGUUCAUCGGGUAUAGUGUUUUAUACGUUUAACGAUAAGAAAUUCCCCUCUACAUGGACUUUCUUAACAGGAGGAGGCAUCAUCGGUCUGUACACUACAUUUGUGUUAUUGGCCUCCAGAUUUUUGAAGAACUUCUUGGGUGGUCAAACUAGAAGAAUUAUGCAUGAAGAUUUGCCAAAUGUUGAUAGAGUCUUACAAUUGUGCCUUGAUAUAUAUUUGGUAAGAGAAGCUUUAGAAUUUAUGCUAGAGGAAGAUCUCUUUGCCAAAUUAAUCUUCUUGUACCGAUCACCGGAGACCAUGAUUAAAUGGACACGGCUACGUGAAGAAAUUGCCGAUGAUGAAACGGACAGUGAUUCGGUGCGUAGCCGCAUGAGUGGGCGUCGCAACGAUCAUCCACAACCAGCUAAUGUUCAAUAACCUUAACUGAGUGUGUCUUAAAAUAGGAAGAAACAAAUUCAAUAUUUAAAAAUAAAUUUCUUACAAACAAAUUCUUAAAAUAUUUUUAACAAUUACAAACCAAGAAGUACAACAAAUACUUCACACACACACUUCAUUUUUAAAACAUAAUUAAUUUGUUUUGUUAUUUUUUUCACAUGUACACAAUCAAAACUUAAGAACUGCCUACGAAUUAUUAUUGUAUGAUUUGAUUAUAAAUAUUACUACUAAAUAUUAAUUAUUGUUGAUAUUAUUAAUGUAUAAUUUAUUAUUUAUAGCAUACAUAUGUAAUUACUAU